AUGACUGUUGACCUAGGUGUUAGGAAAGAACUAAAGGGGGUAUUUGGCCCCACUGAAGACUUUAACGACGAUGUAAUUGAGAAAUUAUCUACCUUAAUGCAAAUCUUUAACUUGAGCUCAGAAGACUUAUUUGUUCAUUGGGAAUCAUUUAAUGUAACAAAAGUUCAAAAUGAUUUGGAUUUAACACUCCCUAAUCUUGACUUGUUUCAGGAGCAUUUACAAUCAACUUUAGUGAAUGCUUCAAGCAAAGCUACACCAUCAAUCAGGAAAGUCAAAGAUUUGCAAUCGAGCACUAUGAGAAGAAAACCGAUAAUAAGAUCCAGUGCUGAUAUCAAUAGCUCAAGUCCAGCCAAUGCUAUUCCUAGUACCCCAAGCUUGAAGAAAAGGAAAGUUGUAGAAGAAACACCAGCAUUUAAAACUCCACAACUUAAAAUGGAAUCGUCUCCAAUAAACUAUGCCACUGCAAACAACACCUUUCAGUCUCCAAUCCCAGAAGUUAACAAUAACUUGCAGAGUUCACCUACUCCAUUGUUUAAUAAGCUGUUAAAGAAUGAAGAAUCAAACACAGUCAUAGAAACGUUAAAUCCAGAUAUUGAAGAAUUACCAGGAUAUAUGCAGCUUGAUGAAGAUCCAUCGACUGCUAUAAAACCUUAUAGAUUAGCAUCUAACUUUGAUGCAUCUAAAUUCAAGUAUCGUACUAUGUCUAUGAAGCUAUUAGAAAGUGCAGAUGUUUUGGACGAUCAAAUUGACUCGAUGACUCAGUUAUUUCAAGAGAAUCAAGAAAGCACCGACUUACAAUUCGGUAAUCCAUGUUUAUGUUCACAAUUUGACAUUCUUUGCUGUGGUAGAAUUGUUCCAGACUCUCCAUUGUACGAUAAAUCAGGAAAUCAAGCAUUGAAUGCUACUACAUUAUAUUUGGAAACUUCUAGAUUAACCGGAAUAGGGCAGAGGAUACCAUUGAAUAUGAAUCAAUUGGAAGAGUAUACAUUUUUUCCAGGUCAGAUCGUAUGCUUGAAAGGAAGAAAUCCAACAGGGCAAUCAUUUAUUGUUCAGGAAGUCCUUCCAUUCCCCGAAUUGGGUGCUCCUCUUUCAAAUAGACAAGAGCUUGAUGAAUAUAAAGAAAUGACUAAUGAUUCGGGUUUAAAAUUGUUCGUUGCUUCUGGGCCAUAUUCUAAUCAACACUCAUUGAAUUAUGAUAGGUUAAAUGCUUUAGUGGAUAGAAUAAACACAGAAAUUAAACCACAUUUAGUUAUUUUGUUCGGACCCUUUAUUGAUAUUACAAACGUAUCAGUUAGCAAAGGUGAUAUUGAACUUCCUGACGAAAAACAUCAACCUAAAGAUUUGGACGAGGUAUUUAGAAAGUGUAUUACACCUAUAAUAAGAAAAGUCAAUCCUAGAAUACAAGUGGUAAUGAUUCCAUCCUUGAAAGACUCUUCAAUUAAACAUUGCUCGUAUCCACAGGACUCUUUUGACAAGAAAAAGUUUGGUUUGCCAAAAAAUGUCAAGAUAUUUCCAAAUCCUUCCAGUUUUUCGAUCAACGAAGUAUUGGUUGGCUGUUCUAAUCUAGAUAUCUUCAAAGAUUUAAAAGAUGUCUUCAAAGGAGCGACUGAUGGAAAUAGCAAGUUCCUUAAUAACAGAUUUGAGAGAAUUGCAAACCAUGUAUUUGAGCAAAGAAGAUACUACCCUGUAUUUCCGGGGUCUAUGAAAAAAAAUAUGGUUUCCAAAGACAAUGAUGAUUCAGCAACACUGUUACAUGAAGGCCUUAUGGGAGAAGAGCUUACAGAUACAGGAAUAGGAGGCUCAUCUUUGGAAGUACCUUACAUGGGAUUGACUGAGUUAGGCGAUUCCUUACCGGAUAUACUUGUCAUUCCUUCAGAAUUAAAAUUCUUUGUUAAGGUUAUAAAAGGUGUUAUAGUCAUAAACCCUGGUUCUUUUAUCAGAGGUAACAGAGAUCAAACAAAGGAAGAUGGUAGUUAUGCUAUUCUUAAUAUUAGAUCUCCAGAUACAUCAGAAGGUUCAGACAAUAAUGUCGAGAAGGUAGACGCAUCAGAAGAUCUUUACUAUCACAAUGUUCAUCAAAGAACAAGAGUUGAUAUUUAUAAGGCUUGA